UCAAAGCACGUGAAAAAAAAAAAAAAAUCAAAAAUCAAAAAUCAAAACCCAUGCACGCGCACAAGUAGGCGCGUUUGAAAUACAUCACACGGAGUUCAGAGUUUAGAGAAGUCCUCGCUUUGGCCUCAUCGGCUCUUACAGCGAACUCGUGUAACGUCUGUCACAGUCUCUCUCUAUAAACUUUACUGUUUGGAAGCCAUUGAUACGAAAACAUUGGAAGCUUUUUUCUCUUUCUCUCUCUAGACUUUGUUGCUAUUAAUACGAAGGUUCAGAACCAUAUCGUUUUGGUCUCAAAACACUGUAAAUCAGGAAACACAUAAUCAUAGCAUGAGCACCAGGGGGUCCAAUGGACCUCCUCUAAGAGGGUAUGUGAGGAACCCUCGACGGAGGAGGACUGUUCUAGCAGUUGAUCUCAAUGCGCUACCAAGUGAGAACCAGGAUCAGGAUGGUACUUCAGCUCAUGCCGGCUCUCAGGAUGUACAAGCUGGUCAACAAGGAGGAUCUGUACAACCUGCAACAAUUGAUGUUGAGGCUUUCGACGAUGAUGUUCUUAUUUCUUCACCCAGGUCUUUUGAAGAAGCUAAAAACAAUUCCACAAGGAAUCGUGGAAGGACUGUUGUAGUUGAUGUAGAUUCAGGAGAACUGACUCCUAGUGGUCGCAACUUGCGCAGAAGAGUUUCUUCAAACCAAACAAUUAUAAAUUGCGAACUUUAUGUAAACUUGGAAGGAAGUAACAAUUCUAAGGACUUGGCCCUUCAUGGCCUCCAACAUGUAGUUCUAAUACAAAAUGCUUUGCUGGAUUAUGAGGGGAAUGGAACAAUGGUUUCGGAAUGCCUUUCAAAAUUUGAUCUUAUCGGAGCUGAUAAUUUCUGUUCUUGAGAGAGAGAGAGAGGGCGGGAGGGAGAGUUUAAAACCUGCAAUGCUUAAUUAAUGGCACCGUUGAGUCUUGGUCUGGAACCAACCGUUUUGGUCACUGUAGGUUUUGGUUCUUAGGAGUCUGAAAUUUGUGGUGUUGUUUUGUUUGAAUGUGUACGCACCUCAAGAACGGUAAGCUUAGUUAACGGUAAUGGUGAUUAGAGAUUUAGAUUUUUUGGACAUAGAAGGAAGAUUUUCGUACUAUAUGCUAUGCUCGAUACCGAUUUGGUUUCGAGUCAGAGUGACUGGUUUAGCUUGUCAACUGUUCUAAUCUCUUCCAAGUUGCAUUUAUUUGGCAGCUUCAAUUUUAUAGUAUGAACCAUACUUUUCGGGUUGAAAAUGUAAUUAGCUUAUAUGGAUCUGUCCCUUUCUUUUCUC